CAUGUCCAUACAUCUAGGGCACCGUCUUAAGCCAAUCCAAAGUUAAUUCAUCACUGCCAGCCCACAUGUUUUUCUUGUCUUGACUGAAGCUUUCACCGAACCUACCUAGGUAACUAAUGAUGGCAGAAGAAAAUAUCGUCGGAAUUAUCCAAGUCCCAUUGAAUGCUUAUACUUACCAACCCGGUAAAGGAAGAGACGAAGACCCGGCAAUCGUCAAGCACCUUUCCGAUAUCUUCAAAAGGGAGGGAUGCAAGCCGGACCUUUGGGAACAUCAUAUUAAGGGCGAAAUUGAUGCUACAACUUAUAAUAGACUACUAAUCGCUCUAGGCCUUCCCGAAGAGAAGCUGCGGGCCACCGUGCAAACGGGCCAAUACCCACGAGUGCGCCUCCGGAAACGUAUUGUUUGUCUCGAUGGACGGCAAAGAAUUGCGGCUGCUCGGGGCGAGUUUGGGAGGCGCUUCUGGUGGCCUGUAAAACUCUACCGUCAUGCUCGUAUAGCGAGGUUUUCUUACCAGACUAAAUAUCCAGACGGAGAAAUUUGCUGGCACCUCUUCCGUCUUGCGCUUGGUAAGCCGGAUUUAGGCGGGGAUUGGAGAUCGGAGCUGUCAAAAAGCAAGAAGAAAAUCCUCAACCUUCUGCUCCGAAGAGAAAAAGGAAUAUUCAAGCACAAAUAUAUUGUGACAGCUCUCUGCGCUGUCCUCGAAUUUCCUGGCGCGAGAAGAGGAUUUAAGCUUGGUACCAUACAUAAGUAUACCCCAUUACGGUGCCCCGAAAAACCCGUACGAUACCUCCGCCGCAUGUCACAAAUCUACUGGGAGGUGGUAGGUGGUGAUUCUUCCGUGGUGCCACACAUGGACUCUAAAACUAUCGACUGUCUACAGCGCCGUAAUCCUUCGAACACGACUGAUAGAGAUCACAUCCGACUCAUGAUAGAUACAGGCCAAAUAUUCCGUGGGAUGAAAAGCGCAUCUGUUCGGCGAAAGAUCAAACAAAACCUGCUAUCUCUCAACGUUAUCUUUCCGAGCUUCGAGACAUUCCACCAGAACAUGAUAUACUUCUCUGUUGGGGCUAGGAUCUUGAGAAACCAUAUCAUCGAUGACCCCGAAAAGUAUCAGGACCCAGACCCUAACCUAAUCCAGAGAGAUGGGGACGAAAGUCUUUUCCAAUCCUUACACAUGUGCUGGACCCCGCCUGAAAGGCCGCUUAUAGAGGUUUCUGAAGGGACGGUUCAACCACUGCUGUCGCUGGACGUCGGAUUGGCUGGUGUGCUGCUCUUCCUUGACGGAUUGAGAGACUGUCUUCAUCUUUCGAACGAACCGAUUCUUCAAGAUAAGCGUGGUGAGCCUGCCCCGGUGGCUGCCGUGGAUCCCUGGUACGUCUUUCGGCUCCGGGCUCGAGCGAGACAAUAUGGCUUUCGUACGGUAAAGAUUGACCAGGGACUGGGUUUAAAACCUCCGCCGCCGCGUCCAUUGGACUUGAAUCUUGAUUGGGACACACGAGCAAAGGAUUGGCGAGGCGAGAAGCCGACUAUUCGGAAUUUCCUUCAACUACAGCGCGAUGCCUUCCUGCCUACGCUCGAACGAGCUGAUAGUCAAAAGAUAAUGACGGCGGCCUUCGUACAAAAAGACUUUCUAGAGGCCUUCUUCGGUCCGUGGUCGUUCGUAACGGAUGGAUCAGAAAUGCCGAAGGAUUUGCCUUCUUUCCCUGGGGAAGAAAAGAUGCAGGUCGCCAGCGAGGACCUAGGAUCUCCACCCCAGGACGUAAUGCAGGUCGACGAGACCCCACCUCCUCCUCCACAGCCAUAUGGUCAGUCCUCUCAGCGAACAUCAAUGCACGAACCUCUCUCUCCAGCAUCAGAGAUUAUUGGUCAGACAAAUCCACCUGAAACGCAAGCGCCGGUACUUGGUCCGACACUGCUGGCCGACGCACGAGAGCUAGAGCUCACCGAAACAUUUGAAACCCCAACUGGCGGAGGUAAUCGUAGCGACCGUUACAAGCCACCCAGACGACAGCAGGGUAGCAAGCCACGUAGUAUGUCCCCCAUCUUCCGAAAUCACCUAGCACGAGGUCGAUCACGGUCUCCAAUUCGACCUCCUAGUACUCCAGUCGCUGAUGCCAAGCAGCCUAAAGAAAUACUUUCAAGACGAUCCCCUAUCUAUCCUCCACACAGCCCGAUAUAAGCCCCUACACCCGCUGUGAUGCAAAACCCAAGCCUAUUAUAUGAGCCUCUGGUUAUCCAACCGCAAGAGCCCGUAUUCGACCAAACCACACCGCAGCGUGUGCCAGAAAUUCUGCGCCGGAAUAAAUAUCUCGUCCAACAAAAGAUUAGGAAGUCUCCCCGAUUUAAUCGCUUGAGCAGGCCACAACAGGGACGCCGGCGGCCGUUGAAGCGAUCUCCGACUCUGCGUCCCGAAUCUACCAUCUUAC